GGGAUUUAUGAAGGGUACUGCACUGGUAGCUUUAAACAAAAGACCACGAUCGAGACACAAAGACACUGACAAUCUGAAAGAAGUUGAAUACUGAGUUACUGUGCAGUCUCAGAGGUGCCCUGCUUAGUCAAGUGACUGAUAGGAUUUAAUCAGUCUGGAGCAGCUUUAUGCCAUGGAGGCGAUGCACUUGCUGGACAACUGGAGAAAGGAUCUUCAUGUGUCGCAGGGAGCUGGGGAAAGCUCAGUGGACAUGGACCGCUUGAACAGGAACAUGCCUGAGUGUGGACGGCAAACUCACCAGGUUUUACAGAGCACACCUCUGGACCUGAUCGAGACUGGAAAGGGGCUGAAGUUCCAAGCAGAGCGCCCCCACCUGGUCAGCUUGGGGAGUGGACGAUUGAGCACAGCAAUCACCCUGCUGCCUCUGCCUGAGGGCCGGACCACUCUGGGUCAUGGACCCAUGGACAUCAACAUCCAGGGUCCUGGUGUGGCAGCUCAGCACUGCUACAUAGAGAACAGGUCAGGGGUUAUUACACUGCACCCAUGUGGGAACCUCUGUGCUGUUGAUGGGAUCCAGCUCAAACAGCCCACUCGCCUUUCACAAGGCUGUAUGCUGUGUUUUGGCCAAUCAGCCUUCUUUCGCUUUAACCACCCUGAGGAAGCCUUCAGGAUGAAGAGUAUGAUGCCCCAAGGAGGGAGUGUCUCCACUGGGGACUACAGACUGUGUGCAGACACAGGGAACUUGGUCAAUGGGAAUCACCAGGCCAGUCCAGCCCAGUGUCCCCCAGCUCCUGGAGAAAGAGUCCAAUCCGAGCACAGCGCUAUCGUCAGCUCUAUUGAGAGGGACCUCCAGGAGAUCAUGGAUUCCCUAGUCAUGGAUGACCCCCAGCCUACUUCAUCGGAGGCCAAAAAGCCUGCUGGAGGCCAGCCAAUAGCUCAUUCCCCCCUGUCACCCAUGGUCAAUGGAGGGGGCCGGUAUUUGUUGUCCCCUCCUACGAGCCCAGGGGCCAUGUCUGUGGGGUCCAGCUAUGAGAACACAUCCCCUCCUUUCUCCCCACUCUCCUCCCCCUCAGCAGCCAGCAGUGGAAGCUUUACAAGCCCGUCUCCUAGUGGAGGACCCCAGGACCAGAGUUCUUCUCUACCGCCAGUGCCUGUACGUUCCUCUAGUUACAACUUCACCACCCAGCCUCCACCUGUACCACAGCCACGGACUAUACUGCCUAACUUCAGCAGCAGUGGGGUGAGCCAAAAGGUUCAGGAAAGCCCCAGGCUGCAGCGAAAAGUCUUAACAGACGCUCCUCCAAGCCCCAAGCCAAGCCACAGAGGAUUAGGCCAAGAUGGGUCUGAGAGCCCUCGACAGACCUCGCUUCUGUCCUCCAGUGAAUCUCUCAGUAGUAGAAAUGCUGUGCCAAGUAGCCCCAGGCUCACACCCAAGUUUCCUAGCUCUCCAUCCCCAUCACCUUCCAGCCCAAGGACCAAGACUACAACAGUGCUCCAAGAAAGACCUGCCAGCCCCUUCAGAGAACAGACCCCUCUAGCUGAUUGCGCUCUUGCUUCCAGCCCCUCCAGGCAGCUUUCCCAACCUGCCAGAGGGUUCCAGCCUCCUCUGGACCCCAUCGUCCACAUAAUCCAAGGAUCGCCCCUCCAGCAGCAUCCUCGCUCAUUGCAGCCCCCAGAAAGCCCUCGCUUAGCCAGGAGGAAUGUGGAGCUGAAUGGGGGCAGUGGAGGGAGCACUAGUAUGAGAGAGUUGCCACCUUUAAGUCCCUCCUUGGCUCGUAGAGGAGUUCCAGUUCUCCCAGGGGCACUUCCAGGGACAGUCACCACAUUGAGGACUCCAGACAGUCCCUCAAAUCUGGGCAAGGUUGUUCCAGAGAGUCCCCGACUUCGGCGUAAAACUGGAUCGAUAUCAGAGGAGCAAACUUGCAGCAGAGGGAUCCGAGCCCGCAGUCCAUCACCUACCUCUAUGUUGACGGAGGGCAGUGUUGGGGGCGCGGGGGUACGGAAAGCGAGCUUUGGGAAUUCCUUGUCUCCUGCUUACAGUCUCGGCUCCCUGCCGGGCUCCUCUCCCGUAGCCAGUCCGAGGACCCACAGAAAGAUGUCCGCAGGGAGACCACACCCUGGUAUGCGGGAGAGGAAGAACAGCAUCACUGAGAUCAGUGACAAUGAGGACGAUCUGCUGGAGUAUCACCGACGUCAGAGAGAGGAGAGGCUUCGAGAGCAGGAGAUGGAGAGACUGGAGAGACAGCGACUAGAGACCAUCUUAAACCUCUGUGCUGAAUACAACAAAGGCGACAGCACCGGCCUGGACCCACUUUGCUCAGGGAGGUUGGGUUUCCCUGGAAGUCUGGCCGAUGGCUCCGGGCGGAGACCAUCAAUGGAGAAUGUCCUGGAAGGGACAGCAUGCUCAACCACACUCCGUCUGGCACAGAGACAGAGGGAGAGUGAUGAGGAGAACCUGAAGGAGGAGUGUAGUAGCACAGAGAGUACUCAUCAGGAGGUGAGGACAUCUCCUGCUCCCAGCACAGCAUCUGCACUGCACAAUGGAGAAAGACAGGUCAGACAUGAUGACCCUUCCAGCUCGGGCAGUGCUGGUCGUUUGGAGCUGGGCUACCUGGAAGACGAGCGGGUCCGUGUCCUGGCUCGGAUAGAUGAGCUCAAAACCCGACUUACAGAACUAGAGCAACAACUCCAAGAGUCCAAACAAGAGGCUGAGAUGGAGCGUGCCUUACUACAGGGUGAAAGGCAGGCAGAGCUUGACCAGAUAGAGGCUGAAACAGACAUCAUUGCUCAGCUGCAGCACAAACUGGACGAGCUGGAGAACGCCAUCCAAAGAGAGAAGGACAAGGAGAGGGCUAAUGUUGAGGCUGAGCGCCGGGUUCUGCAGGGCCUCCAGGAGGGCUACGCUGAGCUGAAGAACCAGCUUCAUAAUUGUCCCGAGUCCCUGCGGGAACAGUUGCAGGAACAGCUCAAGAGGGAUGGAGAGGCACUGGAAGCAGGAACUAAAAAAUUUGAGGACCUGGAGUUUCAGCAGUUGGAGAGAGAAAGCAGCUUGGAGGAGGAGCGAGAAACAAUCAGCCAGCAGCUGCUCCAGGAGAGAGCCGAGUACCAACACAGUGUGGCCAAGAGGAAGGACAAGGUGUCAGCUCUGGAGAACCAGGCCAGCCAGCUUGGCCUGCAGGCAACUCAGGAGUGUGAGCGGCUGGCCAAAGACAGAACACUCACACUGCAAAUGCUCCAAAAGGAAAAGGAGAGGCUGUCGGCCCUGGAGAAGAGAUACCACAGUCUGACUGGAGGAAAAGGCUUCCCCAAGUCUUCCACUGCAAUGAGGGAGGAAUAUAUGAAGCUGUCGGAUGUCUAUAAGAUGUACGGCAGCAGUGGCCACCUUGAAAACAGCAAGCCCAACUCGCACGGCCGCUCAUGUGCCAUAGAUGCUGUGUUAGCUGGCACCUGUGAGGUCUUCCGCUCUAAAUUGGACAGUGAUCCGGGCUUUUCUCUCCUUCAGCCUAAAUCUGGCUCUGCUUCCCCGCUGCAGCACGGAGCAGCAACAUUAGGGCGCAGCACAGGCUCCAAGAGUCCCCUGCUGGCGGUCGGCAGCACCGGAAGUCUCCCCAGGAACCUGGCUGCAACCCUGCAGGACAUCGAGACCAAGAGGCAGCUGGCGCUGCAGCAGAAAGAGCACCAGACCUUCAGACAGAACGCCAUAGAGGGAAGCUCAGCAGGUCAGCAGGUGAUUGAUGAGCAGCGCCGCCGUCUGGCUGAGCUCAAACAAAGAGCAGCAGCAGAAGCUCAGUGCCAGUGGGAGGCCCUCCACGGCUCCCAGCCCCAUCUCAUGACUUCGUCCUCCCCAUCUCCCUCCUACUCCCCUGUCAUGGCCUACAGCCCCGCGCUGAGCCACAGUUCCUUGGGCCCCCAUCAUCUGGUUCACCACUCCAUCCUGCACCACCAGCCCCCAUCAGCUGGAGAGCAGCCCUAUGACACCCUCAGUCUGGAGAGCUCAGACAGCAUGGACACCAGUGUGUCCACUGGGAACAAUUCAGCCUGCUCGCCUGAUAACAUGAGCGGUGUUGGAGGCAUGGACGCGCUGAAGAUUGAGGAGAUGGAGAAAAUGCUGAAGGAGGCGCAGCUGGAGAAAGCCAGACUUAUUGAAUCGCGGGAACGAGAGAGCCUGGCUCGCCGUCAGAUGCUCGAGGAGGAGAGGAGGAGGAGGGAGGAGGCGGAGAAAAGACUGCAGGAUGAAACUUUCCACCGGCAGCAGCUAGUGGAGAAGGAAGUCAAGAUGAGGGCCAAGAACUUCUCACAGGCCCGUCCUAUGACUCGCUACCUGCCCAUCAGGAAGGAGGAGUUUGAUUUGCGCUCGCACAUCGAGUCAUCUGGUCACAGUGUGGAGACGUGCUAUCACGUCAUCCUCACUGAGAAGAUGUGCAAGGGCUACCUGGUGAAGAUGGGAGGCAAGAUCAAGUCCUGGAAGAAACGCUGGUUCGUCUUUGAUCGCCUCAAAAGGACUUUCUCAUACUAUGUUGACAAACAUGAGACCAAGCUGAAGGGAGUGAUCUACUUCCAGGCUAUAGAAGAGGUCUAUUACGAUCACCUGCGCAGUGCCACAAAGAGCCCCAACCCCUCCUUGACUUUCUGUGUCAAGACACACGACCGCCUCUAUUACAUGGUGGCCCCCUCAGCUGAGGCCAUGAGGAUGUGGAUGGACGUGAUUGUCACGGGAGCAGAGGGGUACACACAGUUCAUGAACUAAGAGGAGCACUAGGAGCGCAGAUGAUGAGCAGGUAGCUUCGGCAGGGACUCUCCCAUCACAGACAUGCAGGCUCUUCCUGUUUCCAGUACUCCGGACGUAUCGCCUUGUUACUUUUUGUUUUAAAUCUAACACCUUUGUUUUCACCAUGUAGAUGUUUCCACCUUCGCAUUUUCUAUUUGUUUCUGUUUGGAUUUAAAAAGGGAGGACACACACACUUACACACACUUCUGUAUAUAAACCAAAUGUAAACCUGUCAAAGACUUUAUUACAAAGCCUUUCUAUAUUGCCAAAUGGAGAUCUUGUAGUUAACUGUUUGUUGAACCUUUUGUAUUAUUUGUUCCUUUUCUUUCUUUCUUGUUUUUUACUUGUAGAAAAAAAUUGCCAAAUGACAAGAUGCCAAUGUUUUUCUUUGAGUGUUCCAUCAUGACUUUGUUAGACAGGAAUAGUUCAAAGCGUGUAAUCACUUUAGAAAUAUUUGGGGGAAAAAAAAUCUUAUUUACAAUGUGUAAAUCUGAGAAAUACUGUAAUCAGUGAACCAGCAGGAGCUGGAGAGGAUCUGAGCAUGUUUGUGUGUAACAGUGAAAAACAGCGGAGGUCAGCAUCCUCAAUGUCCUCAAAUUCACCUGACUGCUGCUCAAACUAUAGACGAAUCCAAUCAGUACCCACAGCUACACCCACAGCUCCGCCCUGUUCAUAUUACCAAAGUAACUGGAAGUUAUUUUGUUAGACUUUAACCCACAACACUCAGGAGUUCACUCUGCACUUCUCAGAAAGGUUUGACCAAUAUCGGGUUGGGAAGGUAUCAGUAUUGAAGCUGCUUAUUGAUGAGGUUUUGUGUAGUAUUUGGUGCAUUAAAACUAUGACAUUACAGUACUUUAGAAAAGUACUUUACAAUACUUUAGGCUUCACAGCUAUCAAGAGCUGGUAAGAGUUUAAGUUUAAAGCAACCCAUAUGCAUACAAUGCAUUUAGCUAAAGCCAGAAAAGAGCUUAGUAUGAAGUGUGUAAAAACCAGUCGUGGUUUUAGUGUACCUCUUGAUCCAGUUGGUGGCUUUCCCACUCACUCUUUAUAGUAAGCUAGCCAUUUCCUUUGCUUUAUUCUUGGUUCUAGGUGUUUUGUAUUGAGCUAAAUCUAGCUAGCUUUCUUAGCAGACUGAAAAUGGGGAAACCUCAUGCCUGACUGAGUUCUAAAAGUGUUGCUUUUAUAGCUGGUAGGCACUUGGGGUCUGUCCAAAGGUAAAAACUAACGUGCUCUUUCCCUUUGCUUCCAGUCGUUCUGCUAGUCUAAGCUAUCGCUCAUAUUUUACUCUUUAAGAGGACCUGAUUUUCUUUCUUUUCAGGAUCAUAUACACAAUUGGAUGUAUACUUGUUCAUAACAAAAUGGCCAAAAUUUUCUAAAAAGUUAAAAGUAAUCCUUCAACCAAAGUCUCUUCAGUCAUUUUCAUUAUUUUUCAAAUAAUAUGUCUUGACAAGCUGACCAGCUCUUCACAAAAUUCCUUAAUCAGUCAUCUGCUCUAGGCACAGUAAACCUAUCAAGUGCAAGCAUUACAGCUUAUUAAUACUGGAUGCUGCCCAUUGCUAGGCUUCCUGAAGUUGUCCAGUAAAUGAUAGUCGACUUUUAGGGAGAUGGGUCUUAAGAGACAAGCGCUAAAAUGACUAACAGGUUGAACUGAGGGGCUGCAAAAUUGACCAGCUUGAUGAAUAAGAUUUUUCUUGUUUUCCUUGGACAGGUCCCCUUUAAGAAAGUGUUAAUAGUUCCUCAUUUUCCCCAAAGUGAAAGUCUGCUGAUAAAUAAAACCUCAUCAGUUCUUUGACAGCUUUGAAACUGGACUUUCCCUUUUUAGUAGAAUGUUUUCCAUGUGCUGUUUUUAAGCCAGGCUCGACAAACUCACCUCAUCACCCACUGAAAUAAUUUCCACAUCCGUAAAUAAUGAAUAAUGAAGCAGUGGCCAGUCCGUCACAUUAAUUGCCAGACUCUCGAUUCUCAGAGGUUGACUACUAGAAAAUACAAUGUUGGUCUCACCAAAGCUGCCACAUUCUCAGUGCACUUGUCAAAUAUGUUGAACAGGAAUCUCUCACUGUGUCUGUAUUAAGCCGUCAUGUUGCCAACUUGAGGUGCAAAUGUCAUCUCUUUAUGUGCGUACACAAACUGGUGAAUCUUCUGUUUGCCAAGUAGCCUUUAGCCAACUUGAGCAUAUGACUGCACAGCUGGGAAGCAGCCGUCACCACUGCCAGCCUACACAGCCACCACCAGAAGAGGCACUACAGUGACCGCACCAACACAGGACCACACGACACUAUGGACUAAUGCAAUUCAGACCUGUGCCUUGACUAUGUUGUUAUUGUUGUUGCUGUGUCUGUGUGUAGUACACAGCCUCGCUGUGGGGCUCCAGUUGUAUGAAUGCAUCUACUUUGUUUCUGAGUUGUAACGCGGUCUGUGGAUGGGUUUGCAUGACGUUUUCUACUUCACCAUGGCGACGUCUGCCUGUAGCAACAUUGCAGGCAGAUGCACCAGAGGCCCUGAGCACAGUGGGGAUCAGUGAGGACACUUAAUCCCAUUCGUUUUGGUCUAAUAAGUUUUUGUCAGUUUAAUGCAAUUAUAUUCAUUUUGACUUAGCACCACUUAAAAAAACAGCCAUCUGAAGGUGCUUUAUUUUGUUACAAUAUUGGAGAGAGAUCCCCAACAAAUCCCAUUAUAACCAGCACUUGGUGACAUCUAAACAGGAGGCAGUUUACUAAAAAGAAAAGAAGAAAAAGUGAGUUACAGUAUGGCAGUGUUGUGAAUUUAACUAAGUACAUUUACUCAUAUACUGUACUGAAGUACUUGUUAUGCUGUUUGUACUCUACUGUUGAAAUACUCUGAGCUAAAUGUAGCAAACUACAGCUCUAAUUACAAAUUAUUUAGCAAAUUAAAUGUUUUUUUCUUUGAAAUCAGCUAAUAAAUGAUGCAAAAAUUUUAAUAAAUUAUAUAUUUUUAUGAUGCUGCCCAGCAGAAAAUAAAUUUAAAUGAUAUGCCUAAUGAAUUAAUAAUACAGUUCUAAAAAGGGCCAUACUGCAUGAGUGCUGCAGUAUUGCUGCUUUCUCUUUAAAGAUCUAAAUACUUUCACCACUGCAUUGUGGGUAAUAUUUAGUUCUCAUGACCCAUAUUAUAGACCAAAAAUCAAUUUUUGACCAUUGCCAUUUGACUGAUUUCUUCUUUCAUAUUUAAAUAGGUACUCAAACAUUACAGUGCAUCAAAUAGCAUGGGUGGAUUUCUUUGUUACAUUAACAUUUUUGCAUUUAUCUUAAAAUAACAAAACCUGCUCAGUCUUUUUAAACUGGUGCUUGAUCACAUGAAGUCCUCCCUGCUUUGCAUCCUUACUGUGACCCACGGCCUGCUGCCUGCAUGAGGAUGGAUAAAUAGAGCUUGUACCUUCAGCUUUAAUCGAAAUCGAGCGUCUCAUUCUGAACCUAUGGAACGGUUUGGAAUCGGCAGAUUUCCGAUGCAGCUUUUGGUUUUGUUUUGCAGGAGCUGAGGACAAACUGACUGAGGGAGCACGUGGAGCUCCUGUUUGGUUUCAUGUGUUGGUACAGUGGUGAUAAUUUAUGGUUGUGCCUGAGAUAGAGAUAUGUUUACUUGUUAUAAGACUAGUGAAAAGACCUUAAUAUAUUGUCCCCACUGCCCACUUGCCUUUACUUCACCUGCACAGUGAGCAUGUGCAAACCAAACUAUUCAACACUGGCAAGGCUGUUAAAUGUCUGUAGAUGGUAGGUGGUAUAUGCAUCACUGUUAUCUAUGUUGAAAAGAAAGUACAUAUUCUGUAAAGAGGAUGCCUGAAUGAAAAACAUUGAAAUCAAACAGUAUUGUAUGAAAAAGAAGUACAAUUUUACUUAUUUUAGAAAUUUUAUUGUCAGUUACAUUUCAACUUGUAUGGUAGUGAUGUAUCAGUCUACCCCCCUCCACCCCCCCCCCCCGGUACAACAGAAAACACAUAACUGCACACAAUCAAAAAUAAAUCACCUCACUCAGACUAUUUUUUUGCUUAUUUUUCCUAGAAAGUAGUUCCUGUCACACAUACACACACUUAUUACUCAGACCACACUGUGUUACUGGUACCCUGUAUGUAUCGUGUCAUCUUCAUGUAUGGAUUUGUGUCAGAUCUAUUAAACGACUAUCACAGA